AUGGACGCCACCCAAAUGACCGAUCUGAUGGGCGGCCAUGACUUUAUGCAGCUGCAGCAGCAACUGCAGCACAACAACAACAACUACAACACAGAUGGACACAACGGGCUGUCGCCAGAGUCCGCAGAGCGCAGUUCGCGUCCCGUGCGUCGUGCCACAAGACGCACCUCACAGCUAAGCAAUAAUACAUACGAUCUGGAGAUGACCGACUCCAGUUCGCAGAGCGAUGACACCAGCGGCGGCGGCGGCAGCAGCAAUGGCGGUGGCAGCAGCACCAACAACAACGGCAACCAGCAGAGCAAUGCGAAUGGCCAGCAGCGCACCUCGAGUCGCAAUCGUGGUCAACAGAACGCUGGAGCUGGAGCCAAUUUGAUGCCCAACUCGCAGUCGAAUCGACGGCGCAAGGGCGCUCUGAAUGCCAAGGAGCGUAAUCUGCGCCGACUGGAGUCCAAUGAGCGCGAGCGCAUGCGCAUGCACAGUCUCAAUGAUGCGUUCCAGUCGCUGCGCGAGGUGAUACCGCAUGUGGAGAUGGAGCGACGCCUGUCCAAGAUUGAGACGCUGACGCUGGCCAAGAACUACAUCAUCAAUCUCACACACAUUAUACUCUCCAAGCGCAACGAGGAGGCAGCAGCCAUGGAGCUCAAUGGCGGCGCUGUGGGCGGUGUGCUGCUCUCGGGCCUCACAGCUGACAGCAAUGGAGGAGCAACAGUGAAUAGCGUUGCUGCUGCUGCCAGCAAUGGUGGACUCUGCUUUGAGGAUGCUUUGACCAAUGGCGGCGCCUACGAUUGCGCUUUGCUGGCCGCCACCGAUGGCAGUCUGCUCAAUGCUGCCACCGUGUCAGUUCCAGCUCCCGCCAUACAAAACUUGCAGCCACCGCCCAUGCACCUGUUGCCUCAGAGUCAAGCGCCGCUGGAGCAGCAACAAACGCAGCAGCAACAGCAACAACAGAUUCAUACACAUCAGCAACUUUUGCAUGCUCAUGCUCAUCUGGGCGGCAACAUGUUGCUGGCACCACAGCAACAGCAACAGCAGCAACAACAGCAGCAAUCCCAGCAGCCAACACUUUUACUCAAUGGUGGCCCAACAGUUGGAGUUGGCAGCGUUAAUGUAGCCAUGGGCGUGGGCAUAACAGUGGGCGCUGCUUUCCCAGAUGUUAAUGAUAACUUUGAUGAGCCAUUUCGAGAAUUUCUCUAA